AGAAGGAGCGGGAGCCCCGCGGCCUGCCCCGCCGAGCGUGCGCCCCCGCCCGCGUCCGCAAGCAUGCCGGGCCCCCGCCUGCUGGCCGCGCUGUGCUGCGCGCUGCUCUGCGCCUCGGGCCUGCGGGCCGCCUCCGGUGACUUCUGCGACUCCAGCCAGUGCCUGAACGGUGGAACCUGCGUGGUGGCCCAUGACAAUGCUUCCUUCCACUGCCUCUGCCUCGAAGGCUUCACGGGCCUCAUUUGCAACGAGACUGAGAAGAAACCCACCCCGGGCCCUGCCUACCUCUCCACACCCCACGCUUCCAGCCCUUCCCAAAAUCCCUGUUCCCCAAACCCCUGCCACAACAAUGGUGAGUGCCAGGCGAGUCCCACGGAACAGCGAGGGGACGUCUUCACCCCGUACACCUGCAUAUGCACCCAGGGCUACGUGGGCACCCACUGUGACACCAAGUGCUCCACUCCUCUGGGCAUGGAGUCGGGGGACAUCGCCGACUCGCAGCUCUCCGCCUCGUCUGUGUACGUGGGCUUCAUGGGUCUGCAGCGCUGGGGCCCGGAGCUCGCCCGCCUGCACCGCACGGGCAUCGUCAACGCCUGGACAGCCAGCAACUACGAUAAGAACCCCUGGAUCCAGGUGAACCUGCUGCGGAAGACGUGGGUGUCGGGUGUGGUGACGCAGGGCGCCAGCCGCGUGGGUACUCAUGAGUACGUGAAGGCCUUCAAGGUGGCCUACAGCCUCGAUGGACACAAAUUCACGCUCAUCCAGGACACAGAGAAGUCAGCAGACAAGGUAUUUGUGGGCAAUGUGGACAACAAUGGCCUGAAAUUGAACCUAUUUAAGACCCCUGUGGAGACGCAGUACGUGCGGCUGUUCCCUGUGCUCUGCCAGUGGGCCUGCACCCUGCGCUUCGAGCUCCUCGGCUGUGAGUUGAACGGAUGCUCCGAGCCCCUGGGCCUGAAGGACCACGCCAUCCCUGACAAGCAAAUCACAGCCUCUAGCACCUACAAGACCUGGGGCUUGCAGGCCUUCGGCUGGUACCCCUUCUACGCACGGCUGGACAACCAGGGCAAGUUCAACGCCUGGACCGCCGCGACCAACAAUGCCUCUGAGUGGCUGCAGGUCGACCUGGGCUCCCAGAGGGAGGUGACAGGUGUCAUCACCCAGGGGGCCCGUGACUUUGGCAGCAUCCAGUAUGUGGCAUCCUACAAGGUGGCCUACAGUAAUGACGGCAGGACGUGGACUGAGGUCAGGGACUCCAGCACGGGCAAGAGCAAGAUCUUCCCUGGCAACUCGGACAACAACUCCCACAAGAAGAACAUAUUCGAGGCACCCGUCCUGGCUCGCUUGGUGCGCAUCCUGCCUGUAGCCUGGCACAACCGCAUCACCCUGCGCCUGGAGCUGCUGGGCUGUUAGUGGCAGGCCUGGCCGAAGUGGCCAGAAGAGCCACCGAGGCCACCUGCCCCUCCCUGAUCCUCUUGCCUUCUGUGAGCCUGCUGCCCCCUCGGCCCUCCCUGAUUGUAACAGGGCUGGGGGGGGGAGGGGGAGAGCUUUCAGAGGCAGCUCCACCAGGCGGUCACCCCUCCCUCCCUCCCUCGUCCUCACCCUCCACCUCCCCCGUGCCCCUGCCACCAGCCCUCACACAUCCCCACAUCCGUCCCCUUUCUCUUCGGCACUGCAGGAGUCCAGUAGAUCUGGGGUGGACAGGAAAGAAGGAAACAGGGCGUGUGGGGUCCCUGUACCCUCCAGACCCCUGAUUCCAGGCUCUGGGUUGACUCUAGAAGUGCCUCUGUGUCCUGCCCAGCCCCUCUCCCACACACACUCCCACUCCCAGGAGGAAGGCCCAAGGCGCCAGGCCGGAGAUAACAGCCACGAUGCUGCCACUCCUGCCACUGCCACCUGGUCCCCGAGACACUUCCCCUUAUCUCCCUGGAGACCUCUCUUGACCCUCUUCCUGGAGCCUAGCAAGACGGAAGGGGGCUGGUGGGUCUGUGGAGAGACGCGGGAGCCAGGUCACGGGGUGUGCAGGCUGGGUGAGCGUGGGGUCUCCGUGCUGGCUCUUCACCCCACGUGCACAGGCAGCUCCCAAAUAUAUUUAUAUUCUUCACUGGAA